CCUCAAAGGUCGUGUUUGCGCUUUGCCGUUUGUUCCAGAAAAGGUGGGACACUGGUUUGAUUUUAGGGAGAAAACUUUUGUUCUGUAUAUUGGCUGGCCAUGAAAAUGUUUGGAUUAUAUCUUUCUCUGUUUUAUAUCUCUUUGUUUGGCUGUGUCCAUGGGGUCAACGAGUUCUGUGUUUCACCACCUGAUCUCUACUACGCCAACGUCAACGGACUCAUACCAGGCGGCUACAAUAAUCUGAUCAAAGGUGACCAAUCGCCAUGUACAAAAGACAUUGAAUCUCUUCGGUACCGUGAACUUGAUGGGAGAUGUAACCACCCAAAGGACUACGGCAGCACACUCAAGCCGCUCAAGCGAUACUUGCCAGCUGACUACCAUGAUGAAAAAGGUUGGAACACACCUCGUUUAUACAGUGUUGUUGGUAACGUGGCUCUACCAUCCCCACGUUUGAUCAGCUGGAAGUUGUUUCCUGAUAUCAGCAUCAACAGUGACCUCUCUAUGUUCACAAUGCAGUUUGGUCAGUUUUUGAGUCAUGACAUAGGCGUCGCUCCUGUUCCUACAAGUCCGAAUCACACAAUAACGUGUUGUCAAGUUUCAUCCAGAUAUAUGAACAGAGAUUGUUUCCCAAUCCCGAUUCCCAAAGGUGAUCCAAGAUUUCAAAAAUGCAUGGAAUUUGUCAGAUCGGAAGCUGCUAAGGAUGAUGACGGAAACCAGAUUAAUCCUAGAGAACAACUGAACGCCUUGACAUCAUUUGUGGAUAGCUCCACUAUUUACGGUUCUAAUCUAGGGACGUCACUAAGACUGAGAACAGAAAAUGGAAAAGGAGCACUACUCCUCACUACACUAAUACACGGGAAAGAACGUUUGCCGAAUGACACAUCGUCACCACCUGCGUGUCUGAGAACCGAAAGUCCAACUUCCUACUGUCAGCUAUCAGGCGACGGGCGUGUGAACCAACAGCCAGUACUUUCAACCCAACAUCUUUCAUUUCAUCUGUACCACAACUAUAUUGUCAGGCAGCUGGCCAAAGGUAUUCUGAAAAGGAAGGGCUUUAAGACCUCGCCCGCUCAUGUGGAGAAAUACAUCAAAACAGUUUCAGAGAAAGUGAAAGAAAUGUUGUUUCAGGAAGCGAGAAAAAUUGUGGGAGCUAUUUUCCAGAAAAUCGCUUUUUGUGACUACCUCCCUUACAUUGUGGGACCGGAACUGAUCGUUAAGUUUGACCUGGGUUGUGACACCAGAAGUAAAUAUAAUCCUCACAUUGAUCCUAGAAUCGCCAAUGGAUUUCUUGCAGGAGCCUACAGAUUUGGCCAUACUCUCAUCUCUAAUUCGUAUACUGUCAAUGGAGCGGAAGAAUUCUUUAAAGACGAGUUCUUUAUCCCAGACUCUUCUAUCGACAGUCACGAGGAUAUCAUUGCUGGGAUGCUCAAUACUUCUAAAGGUGUCCACUUUGACAGAUUUUUCGCCAACGGCAUCACAGAACACCUGUUCGAAACGAAGGUAGGCCCAAAGAAGGCACUUGAUUUGGCCUCUGUCAACAUCCAGAGAGGACGAGACCACGGCAUCCCUGCUUACCUGCACUGGAGGAAAAAAUACAAUCUAAGACCUCUUACAGAUUUUGAAGAUUUCAGCAAACAAUGUUCACAAAUUUUGAGUCAGCUCUACAGGAAUAUCUAUGAUGUAGACUUGUACCCUGGAGGAAUCUGUGAACCUUCAGUAACAAGGGGUGUGGUAGGUGAAACAUUUGGCCACAUCAUAGCUGACCAGUUUUCUGACCUCAAGUUUGGAGACCGUUUCUUUUUCACACAUGUACACCAAUAUCCUCAGGGAUUUAAUGAUGACCAAUUGGCAGCUAUCUUAGACUUCUCAAGUAAUGCCCUGUUGUGUUUUAGUGGUAAGCUAUCAGUCAUCCAAGAAAACACCUGGCUUAAAGUCUCGCCUGACAACCCCUUGGUUCCAUGCUCAACAUUUGACCAGAUAGAUGUCCAGCCCUGGGUUAGAGAGCUUGUUGACCACCAUUAUUUUUAGUUAUCAAAUAACCAAAAUAUCUAUAUCAUAAUUACCUAAUAUAGUGUUAAAGCUCAAGUGUCCAAAAAAUUGUAAGUGUCAUUGGCAUUGAGGUGCAACAAAAGGCCCAACAUUAUGCAGUCACACAGACCAACUCAUAAAUACAAUGUCUUUUAACUGUGUACGUUUUUGUAAUAUAAAUAUUUAUUUAAUAUAAAAAAAUUAUUAUUGGAGUAUUUA